AUAUUCCUAAAUUUGUUUUACUUUCUGCUUCUCAUCUCAUUUUUCUUCUCCUAUUAUAUCCACCAAUUUUAUCCUAAGAAAUUAAGAAAACAAACCAAAAUGGCCUCAAUUUCAAUGUCUGCGCCACUAAGUUUAAAACAGUCAUUCAACUCCCAACUCAUUCUUCAACCUUUGGCUGCAAGACCAUCAUCAGUGGCUUGUUCUACAAGUUACAAGUCCAGAGCCAGGCUUGAAGUGCAAGCUUCUCUAAAGGAGAAGGCGGCGACAGGAUUAACAGCUGCUGUACUGUCAGCUUCAAUGGUGAUGCCAGAUGUUGCAGAAGCAGCAGUGUUAACUCCAUCUCUCAAUAACUUCUUGCUCAGCAUUGCAGCUGGUGGAGUUGUUCUUGGUGCCAUUUUUGGAGCUAUUAUUGCUGUUUCAAACUUUGAUCCUGUUAAGAGAAGCUGAAGCUUUGACAUAAUCCGCAAAAAGUUUCUAUGCAAAACCCAUUUUAAGGUAACUAUACUAUACGUUUUCUGUUUGUACCGUCCUCGGAAAUCAAUUGGGAUUCAUCAAGAUCCGGUACUUUUAUUUUUUAAAUAUUAAUAAGUCUUUAUCUUACCAGAAAUGGAGCGAAAUAAAAUUAUUACAACCCGCGUUGUUAGUUAACAUCUACAAUUUAUAAAUCAGCAUAAAAAAAAAAAUUAAUCUGCACAUCAUUAAAGACCGAGUCAAAGCAUAAUUUAAUUGAGAUAUUAUACUUUGACUUGAUCUUUAAUGAUGAAUUAUAAAUGUUAACUAACGAUGUGAUUGUAAAUUUUUCAUUUUUAUUUAGAUAAGGACUUGAUGAUUGAAAAACAAAACUAUAGGGACUUGAUGGAUUUCAAUUGAUUUCUAAGGAACAGAUAAAUAAAAAAAGGCAUAGUAAAAGGACCUUGAUAUUUGUUUUGCUUUAAUUUUACUGUCUUUUAACUUUUGUAUCAUCAUUAAGCAUUUGAGUUUUCAAAUAAAUUUAUGAGAGAAAAGGGUUAUUUUGAUCCACAAA